GUUCCCGGGCUCUCACCGACGCCGUAUUAUUGCCAUCUCUCCCAAACAAAACUACCCGUUGAUUCGCCGGUCCACCGUUGAACCGUGUGUGUGCGCGAGAUCAAGAUUAGAUUCAAAGUCAAACCUCCAUUAUUCCCUCUCCCGAAAAACCUUUCUUCCUCCUCCUCCCACACUUGUUCCCACUUCUGACUACUUCCUUUCAACCCAACUCUCUGCUCUCUCCAACUCAAUCACCCCCAUGGCUCUGCUCCUCCGCCACCCAAUUUCAAUCCUCUCCAUCGCCCUCUUCCUCGCCGCCGCCGCAGUCACCGCCCAGGAUCCACCGGCUUCUCCUCCAUCCAGAUACGAGUCCUGCAGGCCCAAAACCUGCGGCACCGGCCCAAACAUAACCUACCCGUUCUACAUCCGCGGCAACAAGACCGACUUCUGCGGCCUCCGCGGCUUCGGCAUCCGCUGCGAGUCCGGCCAGCCCAUCUACCGAACCUCCGCGGCCCACUACGUCAUCCAGAGCAUCGCCUACUCCAACCAGACCUUCCGCCUCGCCAAUCAGCAGUUCAUCUCCCCUCCUUCCGCCGCCGCCGCCUGCCCGACCCCUCACCUCAACUACUCCUUCGACCGCUCCUCCGUCGAGUUCAGCCCUUCCCACGCCGACGUCUACUUCUUCUACGGCUGCAACGCCUCCUCCUUCCGCCUCGCGAGAAGAGCGUCCCAGAUUCUCGACUGCAAUUCGUCCGCCGACGGGGAAAAUAACAAGACGUUCGUCGCGUUGAUUCCUCUGGAUGAGGAGUUCGAUUGGAACAGAGGGUCUUGCCGGGCUGCUGUGGCGGCCCCGGUUCAGCUCCGGGAGGGGAAGGAGCUCAAUGCGUCGAUUACCGAGGUGGAUUUCAGGAAGCUUUUGCGAGAUGGGUUUAGCCUGAAAUGGGUCGGGUUGGCGGGUUAUCACUGCGGCGACUGUCAGAACAGCGGCGGCCGGUGUGGGUUUGAGGAAGGGGAAAGCAAGUGUUACUGCCCCGAUGGAACUUCCCAUCCGAAUAAUUGCCGUAAUUACGACGAUUCCGUCUCCUUCUCCAACAACUCCGGGAAACGUAGAUCUAUGUUGAAGCUGGGAUUGGGUCUAGGGUUUGGAGUGGUAAUACUAGUCAUGAUUUUGCUCUCCGCUUACAUUUGCCAUCGCAAGAGAAGAAGAAGAAGGCAGAAGAAUCAACAAAGCUUCGAUUCGGGAAACGCCUAUCUCAAACCAUCUCCCACCACCAGAGACCCGGACGAAGAGGCCAACGCCUGCUUCGGAAUCCCAAUCUUCACCUACGGCGAGCUCGAGGAGGCCACGAACCGUUUCGACAGCGACAAAGAACUCGGCGACGGAGGAUUUGGCACCGUGUACUACGGCAAGCUCCGAGACGGGAGGGAAGUUGCGGUGAAGCGCCUCUACGAGCACAACUACAGAAGGGUCCAGCAGUUCAUGAACGAGGUGGAGAUACUAACCCGCCUCCGCCACAAGAACCUCGUCUCCCUCUACGGAUGCACCUCGCGGCGCAGCCGCGAGCUCCUCCUGGUGUACGAGUACAUCCCCAACGGCACCGUCGCAGAUCACCUCCACGGCGAUCGGGCAAUCUCCUCUCCUCUUACGUGGCCGGUACGGAUGAGCAUCGCCAUCGAGACUGCGAGCGCUCUGGCUUACCUCCACGCCUCGGACAUCAUCCACCGUGACGUGAAAACCACCAACAUUCUCCUCGACGGCAAUUUCGGGGUGAAAGUCGCCGAUUUCGGGCUGUCGAGGUUGUUCCCCGAUCAUGUCACCCACGUCUCGACUGCUCCGCAGGGGACCCCUGGCUACGUCGACCCGGAUUACCACCGGUGCUACCAGCUGACGAGCAAGAGCGACGUGUACAGCUUCGGCGUCGUGCUGAUCGAGCUGCUGUCGUCGAUGCCCGCGGUCGACAUCUCGAGGGACAGGGACGAGAUCAAUCUGGCGACUCUGGCCGUUGAUAGGAUCCAGAAGCGGAGGUUGGACGAUUUGGUGGACGGUCAGAUUGGGUUCGAUACGGAUGCAGAGGUGAAGAGGAUGGCGAGCGAGGUCGCCGUGCUGGCUUUUCAGUGCCUGCAGCAGGAUAAGGAGAUGAGGCCCAGCAUGGAUGUGGUGAUGGAGGAUUUGAAGCAGAUUAACGACGGCGUGCAGGGCGAUCGAAUGAACAAUGGGGAGAAAUCGCUAAGCGUUUCGACGACGACGAUGAUGUCGACACCAUCUUCGUUGUCAUUGCCAUUGCCGUUGCCAUCACUUGAUUUUGCAGAAGCCGUGCUGCUGAAGAAGCUCCCGUCUUCUCCGAUCUCUGUGACGGAGAAAUGGGUCAGCAGUUGUUCCACUACGCCGAAUGUCAGUAGCUAGUGAACUGGGGAUCUGGCCGGCGUGGAUGAAUGGCGCGGCGAAUUGGGUCUCAUCUUUCUUUCUUGUUUUUGUAAUCUAGAUUGGAACUGUGCAUACGAAAACAUCAGCUAAUUGUUUGCGGGUAGAUAUAAGAUUGUACAUUUCGAGUGUUGAGCAUUACUGAAGCGUUCUCUAUAAUCAUACGGUCGGUAGCCAAGUAGGAUUGGGCAUUCUCUAUAAUCACCGGCGGGAAUAAGCCGGCGCCGGCGUCGUCAUUGUUAAUUGGCUGGGACCACUCGGCGACACCGGCAGCGAGCAUUGCAGAAUUUGGAGGUUUACUGGACUAGUUUCAUUACAAAAUGUGGAAUUGUUUCCUAAAAUACCAGUUCUUGAAAUGAAUUUCUCGAAUAGGUUUGAUUUUGAAUGUAUGUUUAAACCUACCUCAUUGUGUUGUUGGAAAUUUGUAAUCAUCUUUGAACAUAACGAUAUAUGAUGACGCGUGACAUCUUACUGAAAUUUGAGUUAGCGAGGAAGACUUGAUGUGCAGGAACUAGAUCGAGGAGGAGAGUUGUUUUGGUUGUAAAAUAUCUGUAAUGAAAUUAUUG